UUCCUUUUUGUUCGGGAAGCAGAGGAAGAGCCUUUCGUAACAGGGCAAGGAGGGGUGGGACUUAGGGUCAUAUUGGCCAAGGUUGCGGCACCUCUUGGGGAGGGAGAAGUGAGCCUGGGAAACAUAGCUGGAGUCCGUCUUUACAAAAAUAUUUAGAAAGUAGCCGGACCUGGCACAGCGCGGCGCGCGCCUGUGGCCCCAGCUACUCUGAAGACUGUGGUGGGAGGAUCGCUUGAGCCCAAGAAGUCGAGGCUGCCAGUGAGCCGAGAUAGCUCCAUUGCACUCCAGCCUGGGUGACGAGCCAGACACCGUUUCAAAGAAAAAAGUUUAAUCAGGUUUAGAGAUUGAGUUAUGCGUUGGACAUUACAGCUUUCCCACAAACUCCCAAUAGAGUAAAUCUUGGUUUAUAUAGUUCUCAUAAACACCGUAGUAGCUCAGUUGAUAAACAAAAUGCAUAGUCCAUCAUGGUCAAAACUUCAGCCUCCAUUUCAAGUGCCAUACAGUGCUUCAGCGCUUAGACCCUUCUGUUUCCAAGAACUUUUCUUCUCUGGUGUUCUGGAUUGUCAGUACGUGUUAAUUAAUAAAGGCCGGUUUGGGUCUUGCGGAGAUGAUUUCACUUUGGAUGCUUCAGUUGUCAUUGUAGCGCAGGAGAAAGGCCUUGUCAUCUGCCAGCUUUGUCAACUCCAAAUAGUGAAGCAGGAGUUCCAGCCCAUCCAGGGUUACCACUGUGGCAACUGGUACGUGCAGCAGCCCAGCUCUUACCUUCUUUCUGGCUACAGCUAUAGCUGUGCAGUGGAUGGAAAUGGACAGAACUGUUUUACUGCACAUGAGACCCCUCAACACACAGCUGGAACUUUGGUUAUGUCUAAGGAAACCACAGCUCUAGCUGAAAACCAAGAUGAAGACCCACUAGAAGGCUGACUGAUGGAGCCAUGGUGCACACGUACACCUCUGGAGGGCCUUCUGGAAUUAGAAAAGGUGAAGGAAUUUGGAGACCAUGGAAAGUGGAAGGCAAUCAACUCUUUUGGUGCCUAACUAACCUGAGACAUUCUUCUAUUGUUUCUUAUUCCGGCCUUAAUUGACAAGGUCAUUGGACUUUGUAACCAAUCUUGGUCAACUUUGUAACCAACUUUGGUCAACUUUGUGACUCCAGACCCUACGACCCCCUCCCAGCUUGCAAAAGACCACUCUAAACUUUAACUUCUGUAACUUUCCACUGCCUACUGCAAACAUAUAAAACUAGCUUCUAUCCCACUGCCCUCCACUGACUCAGCCUGCCCGCCCCCAGGUGAAUAAACAGCCAUGUUGCUCACACAAAGCCUAUUUGGGUGGUCUUUUCAUUCAGAGUGUGUGUUUUAACAUAAAGUAAGUAUGUUUUAAAUAAGGCAUCCUGAUCAGGAUGUAAAAUAGGUACAGUGCUCCUGAGCAUGUGUUUGAACUUUGUG